AUGGCUGAGGGAGCUAAUGUCCGUCAAAAUUUACAAAACAUUCCAUCGAUAUUUGAAAUAUCAGCUGCUGAGACCUUGGAUAAUCUUAUCUAUCCUGCCCUAAGUAAACUAUUUGAUUAUUUGGGUUUACGUGUGGACUUUAAGCUCAGCGAUACAAAACGUAUUAGGGAAGAGAUAUCACCGAUCAUUACAUGGAUUCUGCAAUAUAUGUACUUGAGAAAACGUGGUUCAUCGUUCGGUGAAAGUUUCUAUGGCCUGCAAAGAACCCAUACAAAAACGGGUGAACUUUUGACCAGACAGCAGGAACUAAUAUCUGCAUCCGUAUUAACUCUGCUACCCUAUAUUGAAAGAAAACUACAGACAAGGGCUCAGAACCAUGAGUCUUCGCAGUGGGAAGAAUAUGUUUUGAAACUAUUUAAUGCCUAUAAAGCUUCCAAGGCGAUACACACAUUUUUGUAUCUGAUCAAAUAUGCCGGUAGUCAUUCUCCAAUAUUUCGUGCUUUAAGACUAACAUUACGUUAUCCUGCCCAACCGCCCAAAGAGGAUAAGGCAACAUAUAUUGUUUUGAAAUUACUGGAAGUGUUGGCCUUCUUUUUACAAUUCAUCCAAUGGUGGUAUUCGAAUGAUCAACGAAGAAAAGUCGGCGGAACUUUGGUAAAUCCCGAACCGCUGGAAGAACAACCGGAUAUGUUGAAAAAAUGUAAUACACCCAAGGGAGAAUGUCCGAUAUGUCUUAUGAAAAUUGAUAAUCCUACAGCGUGUUCGGUAUCGGGUUAUGUCUAUUGUUGGAAAUGUAUUAUAACGCGCUUGAAAAAUCAUCCGACAUGUCCUGUCACAGGCUAUGCCAUAAGUAUGGAUGAUUUAAUUCGAAUUUAUGAAACAAAUUAG